UCCCGGUCUUACGACCAACCUACUCCGUCGACGACGACGACGACGACGACGACGCGCUACGACGUCCCGGCAGCACGCGCAUCGGCGGCAGCACCAAUCGCCCGACCUACGCCGACCAACGACCAUGAAGUCGUGUCUAAAGCCGACGCCGCCGCAGAGCCCCGGCCCCGAGCCCCGAGACGACGUCGGGCGACCACGCUUGGGGUGCAAGACCGUCUCGUUCUGCGAGAGCGAGCUCGUGCGCGUCCACCUGGCCGACGACUGGGACCGCUCGCCCACGCCGCCAGCCAGGCAUCUCUCGUAUGCGUGAGUAGCGUCCUCCGUCCAGCGGCUGGUAUUCCCGACUACUACCGGAUCAACGGAUCCUCCACGCGCGUGACUUUGAUGUCCCGCCCGACGACGAUGACGCUGGCCAUAGUCGUCAUAGACGUUGGCCGCGCAUGCAGUUGGAGAUGGUCGUUAUCAAUGCCCAUACAGCCACGAUCGUCGUUAUCAAUGCCCAUACAGCUACGGCCUUGUCCUGCACGCUCGUCAUACGUUGCCGCACCCAGCGCUGACCCGUCUUUAUCUCUCCAGCGACCUGCUCGAGCUCAAGCAGAUACGGCUGUCGCUUCCAAGGGCCCAGCAACCUCCGGAGACCGCAUCUUACUUCCCCCCGGUCCUCAGCCAGGUCCCGGUCAAUCUCCUGCCCCUUUUGCCCGAGGCGCCCGCGCAAACCGCACCACCUCCGAUGCUCUCGCCCACGCCCCAGCAUCCACCUCCUCCCGAACCCAACGUGGAGCCGCCAUCACCCCCGGCCACGCCCCCACCACCGCCCCCGAAGCGAUUCAACCUCAGCUUCUUACCCCUGUUAGACCCGUCCAGCGCGGCAUCAUCAUCACCACCGAAGCCGUCCCCUCCAAAGAUGCAACCCAGCCCCUCCAUAUUGUCCGUGAUACCUCCUACACCGACGUUCCCGCACGACACCGGCUCAGCACCGGACCUCCAAGAAAUAGGCUUUGCGUCCGAAGAGAAGGCCUCCAGCAGCAACUAUCACCUGCCGACGCCCGAUGCCUCACCCCUGCGCGCAACUUCUCCCCUCGGCACGCCAGACUCCGCGGUCGGCGAAGACCCGCUCACCCUCUCCGCGCUCGAGGGCUUUCCGGAGCCGCCUCAAUCAGUCCCGCGCCAGCACUCGGGGUCAUACCGCUCGUCCUGCACGCCCUCGCCGAUGCCGGACACGCCUCAGUCCGCCACCCCGAGCCCGGACUCGCACCCAAACCUCCAUUCCUACUUCCUUGUCCGGCCGAACCUGCCGAACCACAUCCCCACGAAUGGCGCCGGCAUACCGGACUCGCCCUUUGUCGAUCCCGCGCAUGCCCCGCGCUCGUACUUUGCGCUCAACAAGGCGGCUCCCGUUGCGCCUGACGCGCAAAUACGGACGCAGCCGCCCGAUGUCGCGUCGCGCUUGCAGACGCAGACGCAGCUGAAGACCUUCCUCAGGGGCAUACCCUCCCCCACGCUCAAUCCCCCCUCACCUCUGGCCUUGGACCCGGAAACGGUGGGAGCGAGCCAAGGCGCGGCCGUUCCGCGACAGAGCAGUCUGCGGCAAUCCACCACGAUCAGGAAAAAGCGCCGGUCCGUCCAGCUGAUAGAAAUCAACGGCAUGCUCAUCCCGAUCGGGGACGACGAGGACGAAGACGAGUGUGAUGAGAGCGAGAGCGGGCAGGGGCAAACCACCGAAACGCCGGUGGCUGGGCCGGACCAGCCAAGGCCAGCGUCGCCCAGUCUGGUUCCGCUUCCAGCAUCUCCGCCUCGCGUGCCCGUCGUCCCGCUCGCAUGAGCGCACGGAGCUUCCAAGGACGCGCUAGAGAGCUCAUCUUUCCCUGGGUCGGCAUGCGGUGCAUCCUACACGUUCUCUGUCUCCGGCCGCGGUACCGCGAGGCGCAACCGUCGGCAAGAAGUGGGAAGGGCGAGAGGGGAGGGUCCUUGCCCUGGUUGCCCCCCAUGCAGCCGUUCGACACGCUUGUUGGACAGCUUUACACACGGCUUCGCGCCUCGGCUCCGCGCGCUCCGGAAGGAGGAAUCGUCUCCAGAUGCUGUUGUAGGCGACGGACACAAAUUAUUUGAGCCGUCGUGCGCACGUCUGGGUGCACGGAGGCGAAGAGGCUCCGAGCCGUGGACCCCCGCAUCGGGGGCGUGAGGCCGACGCGGGCGGGGUGGGCACAGAUCUGUGGAACGCGAUCUCGUGGGCCAAGGAGGACCUAUUGGUGACGGGAUCAGGGUUUGGCCUUCACGCUCGCCGAUGGAGAUGGAGACAGAGAUGCGGUGGGAAGCGUCGUGGGAGCGCCGCGUGUCCGACCUUGGGAGCGAGCGCGCCCCUUGGACGUCGGGCCCAGGACGGCUUAGAACGGCCUCACGAGCUCGCGGCUCGACGGGCGACCUGUUGGGUCACACUGCUGUUGCUCUCUCGGCGGCAGUUCACAAGCUAGAAAUCGAAUUAAUUGGAGGAACACGCACACACGACUUUUUUUUCCUUUUUUUUUUAAAUCUGUACGCAUCAUACUCUCAUCUAAUCUUAUCAGCACCUGUACGCUCGCAACCAUUCCAUAGUCGCACAAAC